AUGAUAGAAUUUUAUCGAUAUGUGCCAAAGGAGUCACCGGCUACAAAAGUGUUUCCUGUGGCUGAGAUAAAAGUCGACGUGGCAGCAUCGGACCAGAAUCGUGUGGUGCUUACCGAAGUAGACAGAACCUUGACUGGCGAAUACCAGUGCGAAGUAUCAGCAGACGCACCGCUGUUUCACACCGACAUCAAAUCAGCAGAGAUGGUCGUUGUGGAACCGCCACUAUUAAAUCCAAACGUAACUGCCAACCGCAUGACAUACAUUGGUGGCGAUCAUAUACGAGCCAAUUGUUCAUCCCCACCAUCUCUUCCCGCUGCAAAUAUUACCUGGUUUGUCAAUGAACAAAUGGUACCAGGGUUCACGGGCAAUCACGUUUUCAAUUUUAGUAACGGCUAUGCUUCUAGCUUAGCUACCUUGGAAUUAGAAGCGGCUGUAUUGUCACCAGUGCCAACACUUAUGAUUCGUUGUGAGGCAAGUAUAUUCGAUGUUUGGAAAGCAACGAGCCAUACAUUAGUACUGAGGGAACGUAGUGCAAAUCCAGCCUCGGCAUUAGGGAGAAGUUUUACUGGUGGAGCCACAGAAACUUGCAUACCGACUUUGGUUAUGUUACUUUUGCAAGUUCUCCUGCAAAUACUAAUGCAAAGUUACACCGAGACCUCCAUAAGA